AUGGAGCUCAAAAGAGGAAAGACCUUCAUAAAAUCCAGUGUGCAGCAUGAAAAAGUUCUUAUCAGCAAAGAUGAUAGAGGGAAAGACAAGAAGGCAGCUCGAGGGAACUCAAGUGUAGGUGAAGUCCAGCUGGCAUGUGUAGCCACACACAAGAACUACAGAUUUUCCACCAGACCAGGGAGAAACGGUGACAACUGCUUGGAAAAAUCAUCAGGGUCCUACUAAUUGGUAAGGAAGAGUAAAACCCAUGACUGUGUCCCAGAGGCAGAAAAAGCAGAGCAGUGCAGCCCCAGCAGCAGAGCUUCUGAGGAAGGUUUUUUCUGGAAAGGGUAAGGGAGACUUGUCAACAGCAUCAGCUUCUCAGGGAUGUCCAGCUCCAGCAGUAAGAAGGAGUGUGUGGUCAGCCCCAGCCAGUCUGCAUGCAGCACUCAAAUGAUUGACUACAGGAACUUUGUGCCCCAGAUGCCUUUUGUGCCAGCUGUUGCCAAAACCAUCCCCAGGAAGAGGAUUUCCCUCAAGAGGUCUAAGAAAGGGCUCAGAGAUAUAUUCCAUAUUAAAAAAAUAAACCAGAAGUCCUCACGUUCCUGGUUUGAGAAGGACAAGAACCUGACCUCUGCAGGCUGCAAGAAUGAGCUGUCUGGGCGUCUUGCAAAGUUCUUUUCAAAACUGGAGAAAACAUUUGCUGCUGACUGCUUGUCACAGGACUGCUCAGACAGUGAGCUGCAGUCUGACCUUCCGCAUGACUGCUGCAACCCCCUGGGUGAAGAUGUUGCCUCGCUGAAGAGCUUUGAUUCCCUCACUGGCUGUGGGGAGAUCUUUGCUGAUGAGAGCUCUGCUCACAUGGAGCUGGAGAACAGCAAAGAAGUUCUGCUGAGACGAAGCAAGCACAAAGACAGCCCAGUCCUGGGCUCUUUUCAGGGAGGUGUGGAGCAGCUGGCCUCUCCUGGGCAGAACGAGACAGUGGAAUUUGCAAAAUUUUGGGACAACAUCAACAAGUCUGUGAGGCUACAUCAGAGUGCUCUGUUUGAUCAGAAGUUACUGAAGAUACCUGGUUCUGAGAUGGAAAAGGUCAGAAGCCAGGCUUCAACUUCUGUGAGAGAUCCAGAAGUGCAUGAUAAAGGUGGUGACAAUUCCAGAGAGAGCUCCAUGGAAACAGGAACGCCAAAAAGCGACAACCAGGAGUCCACAUCCACCAGUGAUGAAGGAUACUAUGAUUCCUUCUCCCCUGGACAAGAUGAUGAGGUGAAGGAAGCCCAAACCCCUGGGGUCCCAAGUAGAUUUCCAAGAGACAGCUACAGUGGAGAUGCUCUUUAUGAGCUCUUCUAUGACCCAAACGAAGUCAAAAUAAACCCAGUCCUAGAUGAUGAUCUGUGCACAUCUGAAACCAUUUCAGAACAAGCUAUUGAAAUCCCUUUGUCCAUUUACAGCUUUCAUGUUGGAGCUGAAGAGAACAUGGCUUCCCAGCCAGCUCUAGACAUUAUCAGCCAAGUUUUUCACAGCACUUGGAAAGGCAAAGAAUGUUUGCUGAAACUCUGUGAUACUGAACUCUCCUUGACAAUGGGGAUAAUAAAUUGGCUGCGAAAACAUGCAGGGCUUGUCUCCUCCCCUGACUCCCUCCAGAAGUCCAGUCACAGCCAGAAAAAUCCCAGUGAUUCAUUGGUCCUGCCCAGCCCCAGCUCAGAGCAAAAGCUGAGCACCCAGUUCAGCAAGAGCAAACCAAGCAAGGAAGAAUCUAACACAUUUAACCUGUGUGUGGCUUUGGAUGAAAACAAAUACACAACCCAGGCCUCUUCAGUAAACAUUGCUGAAAGAGACCACAGCCUGGACUCUUGCCAGAAGACAUAUAAUUUGGGUUUCCAAGGAAAGGAAGGGAGUCAACACAAGGAUUCACCUACAGUGCCCUGGGACUGUGGAAACGGAACCACUCCAGCAUGGAGCUGGGUACCAGGAUCCCAGGCCAAUAGUGACCAUCUGCAGACAUCUUCACUGGAGAAGGGGCAGGAGACAAUUCCAGCAGGAUGCCAGACAUCCAGAGAUAAAAACUCACUCAGAAAGCUGAACAGAGAAAGUGGCUCCCAGAGCUCUGAAAACCCUUCGUUAGAUGAUAGUUAUGAAGUAGAAUCAUGUUACUCCUACAAGACUGCUGCAACCUCACUCCUGGAUCCCCUGGAGAGGGAGGACAGAAAUAAACCAAUGCAUCACUCAAUUUCCUGGGAUAAACCACCACAGCCUCUUGCUCUCAGGACAGUUCCAGGGCUACAUUAGCCCCACACCAGUGGAGAGCAGCACUACACAGUGCAGCUCCUAGAGCACUGUGUUACACAAGUGGCAUCAUUAAAAAUCAGCUAUGAAAACAAGCACGUGGAAGACAAAUGCAUUGGGAAUGAAAUGAACAAUAUAAUUUCUAAGAUGUCUCAGUAAAACCAAGUUACUGUUGCAAAUGAAUGCAACUGCAUUGCCCAAAAUCCAGAAUACAGGAGUAUUCCAGGCACAAACCAAUACAACUAUAGUCAAAGCUUCCAGUCCAGCAGCCUGUACCAUAUGAAACAAAACUGGGAGCCUUGCUCUGAAGAUCAGAAGAGUAGAGAUCUUCUGGAUGAGUUCACAAGUAGCAAGAUAAACUUUGAAUAUGCCCAACUAAAUAAUCAAGCCCUCGCCUACUUAAAAGACUUCACAUUUGAUCUCAGUCCAAGGGGACUCUGCCCUUGA